AAAUCUCCGCGGUGAAACCUCGCAUUGACUCACAGUAGCUGUGGCCAUAUGGAUCUCUGUUUUCCUAUAUGAACCCUCGAAUUUCUGUCGCAACCCACUCAUGCUGAAGGUAAUGAGAUCUGCAAGGUCCGUAGUCGCAGAGAACGCUUCCAAAAUGAGAAAUCACGCUCAGAGCGCGAGCGCGCCCGCGCGCACCAUCACCAGUCUAAGACGGUGGUCCAUCACCAACAAAGAACUACCAGCAGUACCGCAGGUCAGGUCUAUUCACAUAUACGACUUCGACAACACAUUAUUCCUGAGCCCGCUUCCGAAUCCGCAACUCUGGAAUGGCCCGACGAUCGGGUUUCUUCAAGCCUAUGAGAGCUUCGCGAACGGCGGUUGGUGGCAUGACCCGAACCUAUUGUCGGCUACCGGAGAAGGUAUCGAGAAGGAGGAACCGCGCGCGUGGGAGGGGUGGUGGAACGAACAGAUUGUGCAACUCGUGAAAUUAAGCAUGGAGCAGAAAGACGCGUUGACGGUGCUUCUAACGGGUCGCAGUGAGAGUGGAUUCUCGGAGAUCAUCAAACGGAUGGUGAACAGUAAGAAGCUGGAGUUUGAUCUAAUAUGCCUCAAGCCGGAAGUUGGUCCGAGGAAUCAACGCUUUGCCAGCACGAUGGAAUUCAAGCAGACUUUCCUGGAAGACCUUAUCCUCACUUACGAGCAGGCUGAAGAUCUUCGCAUCUAUGAAGAUCGCCCGAAGCAUGCCAAAGGCUUCCGGGACUACUUCGAGCAGCUGAACCGCAAGUUCCAGACUGCGCAGGGCCCCAGCCCGAGAAAGCCGAUCACGUCGGAAGUCAUCCAGGUAGCCGAAGGAUCGAUGUAUCUCGACCCCGUAUUGGAGACCGCUGAAGUGCAGCGCAUGAUCAACUCCCACAACCUCACCACCCGCACUCCGUCACUCACCAAGGCCAAGUCACCGUACGGUCGACUGCGCAUCAAGCGCACCAUCUUCUACACAGGCUACCUGAUCUCGAACGCUGACUCGAGCCGGCUGAUCCGCGAAGUACUAACGCCGAUGCUCCCCUACGGGCUGGCGGACUCCAACGAUCUGAAGUACAUGGCCAACAGUAUCCUAAUCACGCCGCGGCCGGCGCCACGGUCGAUUCUGGACAAGGUCGGCGGCAUCGGCAAGAAGCUGAGCUGGCAGAUCACGGGCACGGCGUGUUUCGAGAACCGCGUGUGGGCCGCGCGGAUGGCGCCCGUCCCCGCGACCGCGAAGUACUACACCGAGAACCCGCAGCCCGUCGUGGUGCUGGCGGUGCGCAAGGGCGCGCGCCCCAUCGACGCCGGCAAGAUCCAGAGCUGGCACCCCGUCCCCGCGGACAAGGCGCUCACCAUGGAGACCGUCGUCGGCGAGAAGGUCGUCCUGCGCGUCGAGGAGGAGAACCCCAACGAGGGCGAGUGGGAGAGCCAGUUCCUCAACAAGAACAACAAACGCCGGCACCAGCAGGAGCGCAACGAAGAGAUCCUCUACCCGCCGCACGCGGAGCAGCCCGCCACGUAUGACGGCGCUGCUGCUUCUGCUGCCUCACACCACCACUCCCACCACCCCCACCACGCAAGACAGCCGCAUCCGAAUGCCAUGCGCAACGGAGGCCGCCAUCACCAUGACGACGGGCCCCCGCGCCGGGGUAACGCGUUCCGGGGCCGCGGCCGCGGCGCUGCAGGGCGAGGCAGGGGCGGCCACCAUCAGAACCGCGGCGGCAACCGUGGUGGUGGUGGUGGCGGUCGAGGCCGUGGGGGCCGUGAUAAUGGUCCGCCGGGCUAUCGGUCCCUAGACGAUUACGGCGGUGGGUAUGAAGGCAGUCAUGAGGAAAAGCCCGGACCAGGCGGUGGUCCGCCGGUGAUGAAUUACUAAAC